CCGGAGGCCAGUGCGCGGCCGCGGUGCUCCACCGGCGCGUCGCUCCGCCCCCAGGGAGAGCCGGCGCUACCAUGGAGGAGUACCAUCGCCACUGCGACGAGGUUGGCUUCAAUGCUGAGGAAGCCCACAAUAUUGUCAAAGAGUGUGUAGAUGGGGUUUUAGGUGGUGAAGAUUAUAAUCACAACAACAUCAACCAGUGGACCGCAAGCAUAGUGGAACAAUCCUUAACACAUUUGGUUAAGUUGGGAAAAGCUUAUAAAUAUAUUGUGACCUGUGCAGUGGUCCAGAAGAGCGCAUAUGGCUUUCACACAGCCAGCUCCUGCUUUUGGGAUACCACAUCUGAUGGAACCUGUACCGUAAGAUGGGAGAACCGGACCAUGAACUGUAUUGUCAAUGUUUUUGCCAUUGCUAUUGUUCUUUAACUGACUAAAAAUGUUGGGCUAAAACCGUUAACUUAGGAAUUUGUCAGUGUAUCCUUUCCAAAAAGAAGUAAUAGUUGUUUACUAGUGUGCUAGAUGACAAGCGUGCAAUAUGCUUUAAAGCUAUCAACAAAAACUGAUAUUUAUCAGCGAGCAAUAUCAUAGUCAUUGGCAGAUUAGCUCAUAUUCUAUACAGCAUCAUUUAAAUAGGAAAAAUGGAAUGCUAGCAAAAAAUAAAUUUAGAAAUAUGGCAUGACAUGAAAAUACAAUCUUACAUUUACACCAGCUUUUCACUAAUAUUUUGUACCUAAGGUGAUGGGGAACUACAUUCAGAUGAUAAAGUUCUCUUUCAGCUAGAGAAGUUAACAGGAAUAAAUAUAUGAACAAAAAAGCUGCAAGGAUAAAUGUGGAGAAAAUGAUAAGAAUUAGCUAACAUCUUUUAGUUUUGUAAAACUUUCUUCCCCUCACUUAGUUGUACUUAAUAUUUAGUGGAAAGUAAUAAUUUUUUUUAAUUUUCUAUCAACGAAUAGGAUAGUAACAACUAUGAUUAACUUGUUUACUUUUUAUGAGGUUUAGUAAAUCAAUUUUUUUAAAAUUUCAAAUUUUUGGAUUUACACUUGAGGGUAAAUUAAAUCUGGUAAACUGAAUUUCCUAGUUAAAUAAAAUUAGUUGCAGUAUGUGAUGAACAGUAUAUGACUCAAACAGCUGCCUUACAAUUCACUCAUUCCAUGUGGAACAAACAUUUAUCAGAUGCCUAUUAUGGGCAUACGUCUCUGCUAAGCACUAUAGUUGUCAAUGUGCUGCGCAAAUGCUAAGUUCCUUUUAGCAGUUGUUCAGUUGGAAGACAAGUAUUAAUAUUUGGGGAAGGAAAAGAAACUAGUUGUUUUACAAGGGAGGAAAAAGGUGAAUCUGGUUACACAUAUAGAAGUAAGCAAAAUGAAAAGCACUUACUGUUUUCUGACAGAAUUAUAGAUGUAAUUUUAAGAGUUGCUCCUAGCAAGUUAAAAGUGCAUAUAAAAUAUGCAACUCUUAGUUAAAGGCCUUAUUAUCAGUCUUAUCUAUACAAGUAGUAAAUUUUGUCAUUGCUUUAGUUACAACCAUCUGUAAAUAAUUUAAAAGACUUAUUAUAUGGGGUUCAAAUUGAGUGGAAUAAAGUAUAGAUUAAAAGUAUACAAUCAUUAGCACGUUAUCUCAGGGCUUAUGAAAUGUAAUUAAAUUUAUUAAGAAAAUAGAUGAAAAUUAGGGUACACAGCUGGCCACCAAAUGUGAAGUCAAUCUGCUACUUAACCCUGAAAACAAAAUCAGUUUUGCAUAUUACCACUAACACUAAUACAUGUAGAGAGUGGAACCAUAACUCAUUGAAUUUUGGAGAGGAAUAAGCUUUGUGUUAAUAUUGACAAUAUUAAGGCAAUAUUCUUGUAGGAAUACUAUGUGCAUGUUUGAUAUUUUGCCGAAUAACCAUAAUUAAUAAUUGUUCAAUGUUUAAGAAUAGUAAUAACAAAAUAAAGGAGUUUAAUGCAGUGAUCUUUGUUUUUGGCACAUCAAAAAUUCU